AUUCUUGCUAACCAGGACCAUCUAAAAGUUUUAGUAAACUUAGUCGCCAUACUUUCAGUAACAUUCGUUUGCGCUUGCGAGUCGUACCAAGAUCUCGGUCCGAGUUUGUUAACAGGAUAAUGUCCUCGUUUUUAAGAGGAACCGUUUAAAAGGAGACAGUCUCCUCUUAACAUAAUAAUUACAAUGACUAAGGGGAGAUCUUGUUCCGGCGAAAAACAUCGCAUGGGACGCGCAAAAGACAGGAAACUUUCUUGUACUGUGGAGUUCAACGGGGACAAAUACAAGGUUCGCACAGACGAAACGACAACAUCCUGAUAUCACCUGGGGAAUUUAUUUUGGGUUUUAUUGGACGGUGUAAUCGAUGGAGACCGUUGGAAAAUUCGAGUUCAGCAGGAAGGAUUUGAUUGGGCACGGUGCUUUUGCGGUGGUAUUUAAAGGAAGGCAUAAACAGAAACAUGAUUUCGAAGUCGCGGUGAAAUGCAUAAAUAAGAAGAAUUUAGCAAAAUCCCAGACCCUCCUGGGGAAAGAGAUUAAAAUAUUAAAGGAGCUGAAACAUGAGAAUAUAGUCGGUCUACUUGACUUCCAGGAAAUCGCGGGGUGUGUCUAUCUGGUCAUGGAGUACUGCAAUGGAGGGGACCUUGCUGAGUAUCUGCACUCCAAGGGUUCUCUGAGUGAGGACACCAUCCGGGCAUUCCUGCAGCAGAUUGCUGGAGCUAUGAGUGUCCUGAGGGGUAAAGGCAUCAUCCACAGAGAUCUGAAACCCCAGAACAUCCUACUGUCCUACAGUACAGCCCGCAAGACUGGCUCCAGUAACAUCUGCCUCAAGAUCGCUGACUUUGGCUUUGCUCGAUAUCUACAGGAUAACACAAUGGCUGCCACUCUCUGUGGGUCUCCGAUGUAUAUGGCCCCUGAAGUCAUCAUGUCUCAGAACUACGAUGCCAAAGCUGAUCUGUGGAGCGUAGGGACCAUCGUCUAUCAGUGUUUGACCGGCAAAGCUCCCUUUCAGGCAAGUAGUCCUCAGGAGCUGCGGUUGCUCUAUGAGAGACACCGUAACCUCAGUCCCAGCAUCCCACGGGAGACCUCUACCCACCUGAGGCAACUAUUGCUUGGGCUCUUGCAGAGGAACCACAAGGACCGCAUGGACUUUGAUGAGUUUUUCCACCAUCCCUUCCUGGAGGCGAGCACAUCCAUAAAGAAAUCUUCACCAGUGCCAAUGCCCUCUUUUCCUGGCACGGGCUCUGGAAGUUCCAGCAGUAGUUCAUCCACCUCCCAUACCACCCCCACCCAGUCGGAUGCUGAGCUUCAGAAGCCCCACCCCCUGCCCAAAGCCACGCCCUCCCCAGGUUCUCUGCUCAAAGACUCCUCUGGUGAUACAGAGGACUUUGUAAUGGUUCCAGCUCAGAUUACAAGUGAUACCACUGAGAAUGCUGGAGGACAGCCUAUUCAGGACAGCCAGAUGAACAGUGGGAAUUUCCUGCUGGGUCCUAAUGCCUGUGUGGGUCAAACUCCUCCCCCAUCACCAUCACUGCGUGCUUCCCCCAGCCCUGCCAGUAGGCCUGUGGAGUGCUGUGGCAGUAGCUAUAGUCAGUCUGUACCAGUCCCUGUGCCAACACAAAUCCACAACUAUCACAGACUGGAACAGAACCUGCAGUGCUCCCCCAGGACUCCAUUACCCAUGGAUCACUACUGCGGUGGAGGUUUUCCUGGAAGCGGGCGUACUAGGGGCUCUCCCCCUAGUCUUACCGAUGCAGGAGCAGGAUACACCCAUCGUAGAAUGUCCACAGGGGGGUCCAGGCCAAUCCAGUGCUCCCCGCGGGUUGGCACAAUCCCCGAGAUGCCCGACCAGUCGGAACCACAGGGUACCCUGACAGAACAAGGCUCAGAUGACUGUUCAGAAUAUCAACAGCGUGAAGUUUCUCCGACGCCAUACAGUGACCUCUGCGCCAUGGAGAUGACCCCGGCCUGCAGUCAAAGGACCCAAAGGCAGAGUCCCGACCCUACUCCACCCAAAUAUGGUCACUUAAGGAGACACAGCACCCAGACUAUGGGUACCAUGUUCCCCCAGCAGGGGAUGGCACAGAUGUCCGUACGCACCAACACCGUGCCCAACCUGAGCGACCUGACGCACGGGUCGGGAACCUUGCCUAACAUACCCGCAAGCAGGGAGGCUGCCAAGAGGAGAGGUUCUGUGAAAAGGUCGUUGAGUACGGGGCGGCUAUCUGAUAUGCUUCUGAAGGCUGUGUUUGGAGCACAGCUAGACAGAGGCAGCUCUGAAAGUCUGAACACAGAAAAACCCAUGGAGACCACAGCGUCCCCUGGUGGUAGUGAGGUACGAGGGGAGAGGGUCUCAGGCAGCCCUGUGGGUGUGAUGUUCACUCUAGGCUCCUCCCCCUAUGAGAACAUGCCUCCUCAUGCAAGCAGACCUAGAAGGUUCUCCGAGGGCUCCUACAGUCCCUGUAGUCACGGCUGGCUGUGCAGCCGUCCGUUAGGGGCACAGGGACUGGUUUAUGGUUCACCUGACAACCAGCGCUACGGUUACAUCGACACCAUGGCAACAAAUUUGCAUGGAGAUGUGGCCUUCGAACCUCCAGAACUGCCCGAGGAGACACUUAUGGAGCAGGGACACACAGACAUGCUUGGCCAUCUGCGCUUCACCCUGGCCUUUACCCAUUGUGUGAUGGAAAUUGCCAGAGCAAAGGAUUGUGGUAUCGAGCGGAGUGAAACCCCAGACGCCUCCUUCCUGGAGCAGAGCGUGGUCGCUGACCAGAUCAGCCAGCUUAGCCGAGAGUGGGGUUAUGCAGAGCAGCUGGUACUAUACAUGAAGUGUGCUGAGCUGCUUUCGACAGCAUUACAGACUGCAAUGGAGAAUAUUAAACAGGGCAAACUCCACCCCUCCGGUUCCGUCAAACAAGUGGUGCGUAAACUCAACGAGCUGUAUAAGGCGUGUGUGACGUCCUGUCGCUCACUCAACGUGCGUCUGCAGCUCUUCUUCUCCACCAAACAGAGACUGAUGGACCGAAUCAACAACAUUACGGCCGAGAGACUCAUCUACUCACACACGGUGCACAUGGUUCAGUCUGCGGCUCUAGAUGAGAUGUUCCAUCAUGGAGAAGCCUCAGUCCAGAGAUACCAUAAAGCCCUACUGCUGAUGGAAGGCCUGUCCUACAUAAUAACAGAACGGACAGACCUACAUAACAUUGAGAAGUGUAAGCAGUGUAUUGAGCGGAGACUCUCCUCUCUUCAGGGCGGAGUCUGUGUUUGAGGCCUGAGGUGAUAAACCCCUCUGUCUGUCACCCUCCCCAUUUCCUUAUUUGGAUUGUUCUUCCAUUUGACCCCGCCCCCCUUCUCCAUUUUAAACCGCACCCCCUCCAUCUCCUGCCACCUCAACCAUCUCCUCACACAAUAAGAUCCACGAGACUGCAGGCCAUUCUUGAGACAGGAAACACGAAAUCGUUCUUGCACGGUCCCCACUCUUUUAACAAGUG